AUGUCCAAGCCUGUCAAUCACCAAGAACAGCACUGCACAAUCCUCCCUUCAUCUCCCAGACUACCAAUCCUCAAAGACCUCCAUGACCGACACGAUCGCAAUGCCGAACCAUUCAUGACGCACGAGAUCAAGAGCAGUCUACCAUUAUUGUCCACAGACUCACCGCCCUCCUCAGACGACAUGGUCUUCUCCUUGUCUCCCGUGCUGUAUCCGCCCAGCUCCUCACCGGCGCCUCCGGUGCAGCCUCCCGCAAAGAAACGCAGACUCUUUCAGCCUUUUCCCACCGAAUUGCAAAGAAAGAGGCCCAAGGUUGUGGGUGGGUUCUUCGAAGAUAGCGAUGUAGAAGAGGACCAGAACGAAGACGAAGACGAAAACGUGUCGAUUAGAACGGACCCAGAGACAGUCGAACACGCGACCGAACAACAACCCCCGGGAGUUCCAGAAGUACCAGAUUCAGCAAGCGACCGUGCCCACCAUGGCCCUUCCUCGACACCAAGUCUCCCUCCGUUGCCACGGCCCUUGCUGCGGAGAUUGCCACCAAAGACACUCAACGUUCGGACAGCUUCUGGGGCGAACGUGGAUGUUCCCCUCAGACAAAAGACCGAAGCGGUGUCAUACGAGCGAACCAUCGCCCAGCGCUCAACAACUGUAGCCGGCCGGUCGCGAAGAUCAUACUACGGUGUUGAGAUCCACAAACUCGUAGACGAAGCCAGAACACAGCGCCAGUUGGACGAUUUCGAAAAGCAGAGGCAGGCAGAGCAGGUCGCCACGACGCCUUCAGUGGAGACUCCUCCGUUGGGGAGGCGAAGUGAUUCAGUCGCCUAUCAGAUGUGGACUGAGAAAUACCGUGCUAAAAAGUUCACCGACCUGGUGGGGGACGAAAGAACCCAUAGAGCUGUGCUUCGCUGGCUCAAAUCCUGGGAUGAUUUGGUCUUCCCAGGUCACAGCAGACCAAAGCCAACCAAGAUCUAUGAAGACAGGGACGUCACUGAACAGCAGCAUCGGAAAGUGCUGUUACUUACCGGCCCUCCCGGGUUAGGAAAGACUACAUUAGCCCACGUGUGUGCCAAACAGGCCGGCUAUGAGGUUCUCGAAAUCAAUGCGAGCGACGACCGUAGCCGGGACAUUGUGAAAGGGAGAAUCAAGGACACUCUCGGUACAGAGACUGUUCGUGGCAUCAAAGAGCAUGGUAAAGCGCGCAAAGCUGGGAGGCCUGUCUGUGUUGUCGUUGACGAGGUCGACGGUGUCACAGCCGGCUCCAGCUCUAAUGGAGGGGAGGGUGGCUUUGUCAAAGCACUCAUCGACCUUGUUCAGCUAGACCAGCGCAAUUCGAGCCAGACCGGCAACCAAACCAGUGCCGCGGGAAAGAAAAGAAAGGGUGACAAGUUCAGGAUGUUGCGACCUCUGAUCCUUGUCUGCAACGAUGUCUACGCCCCUUCCCUUCGACUGCUGCGGACAAGCUCGAUCGCCGAAAUCGUCCACGUGAGGAAAGCUCCAAUCGACAAGGUCAUAACAAGGAUGAAGGCGGUAUUCGAGAAAGAGAGCAUCGCAUGUGAGAAUGACGCCGUUCGCCGGCUGUGUGAGAAUGCUUGGGGCUUGGCGAUGCGCAAACAGAGAGGCCUCGGUACUCGAGCGUCAGGCGAGGGUGACAUCCGGGGUGUCCUGGUUCAGGCCGAGUGGAUUGCCCACAAGCUGCGAGCGAACGGGUCGAAAACAAAGCUCACGAGAAAGUGGUUGGAGCCACAGCUGGAGAAUGCCCAAGCAGGACAGAAAGGUCUUGGACGCGGCGGGGUGCGAGAAAUCGUCGAAAGAGUAUUCAUCGAAGGGGCAGGGCUUCCAGACCUGCCAGCCAGCCUCUCAGCGGACGAUAAACGGCUCGUAGCCGAGUCCAAAACAAGCCCCGUAGGAGUUGCCGACCUUCGCAAGCGUGCUGCCAUUGCCGCUCUGCGGGAAAUGGUCGAUACAUCUGGUGACCACGACCGCGUCAUGGCCGAGUGCUUUGCGACGUAUCCGAAUCAAGUGUACCAGGACGACGUCCAGCUGAGCAAGCCGAACGCGAGUUACGACUGGCUGCAUUUCCACGAUUGUUUGUCCAGUCGAGUCUAUUCUGGCCAAGAAUGGGAAUUGACACCCUACCUGAGCACAAGUGCCUGCGCCUUCCACCAUCUGUUUGCGGCAGUCGACAAGGGUUCCAAAGCGUGGAACGACGAUAAGCCGGACGAAGAGCAAGUGGACGCGCACCCCUUCAGUGGUGACAAGGCCGACUUUGCUGCCUACGAGGCUGAGAAGCAGAAUCGCACUCUCCUGACGGAGCUUCAGUCGAGCUUCUCUGGGUCCUUGUUGCGCCUGUUCAGCUCCGUGGACACCAUUGCCACCGAGCUGAUUCCAAACGUGGGCAAAAUGCUCGCGCCUGACGUGAAGCCCGUCGUGAUCGGGGGUUCCGGUGGGUCGGCCAGUGUCGCGAGUGUGAGAAAGGACACGGAGAAGAUGUGCAUCAAGAACGCUGUGCGUACAAUGAUGGCACUAGGCCUGUCUUUCGAGAAGGUCCGGGUUGAAAUCGAAGGUGGCGGCGCCCAUUCCAAUGGUGGCUACGCCUACCGCAUGGAACCGCCCCUCGAUACGCUCCUGACCUACCACCUGGAUGGAAAGGUGGCUCCCGUCCGCUACGCCGUGCGACAGGUGCUCGACCAGGAACUCGUCAAGGAGAAGAUACUACAGAAUUCGGCCGCGAGACACGCUCGUGCGGGAGCGCCGUCGCACCUCGGCAUGACGGUCGAGGCUGACAAGGAGAACAUGGCGACUUCGGAAAAGGUGGGUGGAACCACACCCACCAAGAAUCCCGGGGCGAAGCGAGAUUUCUUCGGUCGUGUUAUUCUUGAAAGUGCCCAUGUUCAAAAUGAGACUUGGCUCCCGUCAUCCGACGGGGGAAGGAAGUCUCUCUCUUCAGGAACCGGCCGCAAGGGCUUGACGACGAUGACGACGAAGGAACAAGGGGCGCGCAUCUGGGUCUCGUUCCACGAGGGCUUCUCGAACGCCGUCAGGAAACCGAUAACGCUCAAGGAGUUUCUCGAUGGGUUUUGA